UAAAUUAAUUUCAAUCCAUUCUCAAUUACCCCAACUUCCAAGACUACACACGACAUAGAAAUUGUCUGACUCCAUUAGUAGAAUGGAAAUCAACAACCAUAAUCGUCUAACCUUCUUUUUCUUUUCGAUGUCUACGUCAGAGAGUUUAUUGAGAUCUUGAUUAGGGUCAAUAGUGUACUCUUUGUUGAGAGCCUCCACCGCCUCCUGCAUCUGUCGUCCGCACGACACCUCCUGGAGCAGCCGAACCAGCUUUUCCAGUCGCACGUCUGGAACCUUUCAUUUGAAGGCGAUAAAUUUCAGACUCCAUUGUGCUACCUAAACGCUGUUUGUUCACGUGUUUUUGUUUUACGAAAGAUGUCAAGAAGCAUGGCCGGGAACUUUUUUGGUAAACGUCGAGAUGAUGUUGACGUGACGAUUGACAGCAUGGGAGGAGAAGCUGUCCGCGCUCAACGUCUCGCCAGUGAGCUAAAGAACGAGAAAUCUUCACUUGAUAGUCAGCUGCGGCAACUUGGCGACAUCUGCAGGAGGCAGCGCUGCACCAUCAACGAUCUCACCGAGAAGCAGCGUGAGUUACGGGAACGGGAGCGUGGGCUACAGGCCAGCGUUACGCAGCUAGCGGCGCAGCAGCAGCAGCUUGCUCACCUCACUCAGCAGCGCAAGAAGCGCCGCGCUGACAUCGAGCUGCUCAAGGAACAAGCCGUGAAGGAAUUCGUCGAGAGCGCGCUUGAGGUGGCAGCGGAGCUACGGGAGAUGGACGCCCUAGAAGCGGACUCUGAGGCGCAGGAGAGUGAAGUGAUGAGAGCGGCGCGAGAAGAAGUGGAGUCUCUCCAGGCUGCGGUCCAGGGACUGCAGCUGACCGAGGACACGAGCGAUGUUAGCAAUGAUAUUGCAGCUCUUGAUCAGUUCAGGGAGUUCGUGCAGAAGAUCAAUUCAAAGAUGGCGUCAAACAAGCCAAGAAACUGAAUUCACAAGAACCAAACAUGGCAAAAAUAAGUUUUUCAGAUUGCUCCUUAGAUAACAUUUUUCAGCUUUUUAGCUUUUAUGGUAUAGUGUGCACUAGAUGCACUUGUGUUAUACAAUCGGAAAACCUUCAUUCGCGUUUUUAAA